AUGAUGUGCUCUUCCAACUGCCUCUCGGACGGAGGGCAGGUCGAGAGGUACACGAGGGACGUGUCUCCCGGAUCCGGAGAACAAGCAAGUUCUCCAGCAAACUUCUUCUCCGCCGGUCAUCCGGUACAUCAGGUUCCUGCGGCAUCUGCCCAAGGCGCCUGCUAUUUUUACUUGCCCGGCCAACAACUUCUGCCCGAGCAGACAGAUUGCUCUCGCUUGAUGCCCGCUCAGCCGCACCAGGAAGACUCUCGCACCUACAACGAGAAUUUGACUGUUGGACAGUCCGACUGCCUGGAGGUAAGACUCAACACAUGGGAUCACCACGCGCCAUUGACUGGGCAGGAAUCUGGAUGUUUCUCUCUGAAGCAUCACCCUGAAGAAGGAAUACAGGUCUCCUCUUACUCGCUUUUGACGCCCGCUUCUUCAGUGGUGUGGUCAUCUCCAGACUUUACCGCCUCCCAGACAGCAAGCCAAGUUUCGGAAAGCUACUGGGCUCCUGUCCCCUUAUUUGCCCCUUCGGCUGUUGACAGCCACCCUUCGGCUUAUCCUGACGUUCUACUUUCAUCUUACCAGACUAAGAUAGAGCCCCAGCUUGACUACUCAACUGCUUCUGACAUUGGAAACUUCUCCUCUUCUUCGACCCCAAUGUUGAGAACAACUUCCUCGACGCCUCUUCCAGCCUCGGUCACCUCCAACAACAGCUCACGGCUCGGCACUCACGAUACGGAUGAGGCAGCCAUGAAGACUUUGCCGGGGGGCGCCUCUCUCAGCAGCUGUGGAGGCGAUGCGUCGCCAGCCGAAACACCCUAUGCACAACUCAUCUACAGAGCUUUGAUGAGCCGCGAAGAUCGAUGCAUGUCCCUGCAGGAAAUCUACCAGUGGUUCAGGGAACACACCAACAAGACUGAUGGGCGAGGAAAGGGGUGGCAGAACAGUAUCCGCCACAAUCUCAGCAUGAACCAGGGCUUUGUCAAGUACGACCAAAAAGAAGGCACGAACCCAUCGCACAACAACUAUACCAGUGUGUCCACUCGAAGAAACGACAAACAGAAGCGCUCCACAGUCUGGACCUUGCAAGACUGGGCUGUUCAGAACGGUAUCCAGAGCACAACUCGUUACCGCGAUGCCCGACGCAGAGGCGAGACGAGGCACCGAUCUGCAGCAUCGCAGUCUAGACUGUCUUCUUCCUCCGCUCUGCAUAGAGACGGCCAUCAGAAUACCGGUAAUACGUUUGGAACAGGUCGGAUGUCUAUACUGGGAAGCGGUUUGCAACGGCACUUUCCCUCUGCAGCUCGGCCGGCCCAAACGUCGCACUUCAACACACGACAGACACCCAUCGUUGAACCCAAUACACCCCGCUCGCAUUCUCAGACCUUCUUUCAGGACCCUUACUUUGCCCAGCAUAGUAUGGGAGCACAGUCUGGUAUGCCUCAGAGUCAGCAAACCACUACAGAUAUCAGCGGCCAGCCCUGCGGGAUGAUGGUCCCUCCAAGCAUGAUCCAGAGGCAACUGAGCAACAGUCCUUCGACCGGAAUGCACUACCAGCUCCACGGUACAGGAGAUCGCAAUCAGUCAAUGUUCUUGAACUCUCAGUACAGGUCCCAAUUCCCGUACCGUCCCUCCGACGUCCAGCUUGGAUUUUCUCCAACUCGCAACAGGAACAGCCAGCCGCGAUCUCCAGGCGGGUUUGUUGAAGGCCAAUAUCCCGAUGGCAUCUACAACUGGAACGAAAGUCACUAG